GCGAGUAGCGCGUCCUCAUUGAGAUAAGAGACUGACAAUCUCUUGGAACAACCUCACGUGAUGUACCACUAUGUAAGCUGGGGAGUUUUUCCCUCCAGUUAGAGCCGUGGAUGUUCAUACGGUCGCCUAGCCUAUAUUCCUCUGUAAACUCUACCGAGGGUGUCGACUCUCCGCCCGCUUAUCAAAUGUGUCCUGCAGACAUGACGGAGGAAGAUUUUCAUCCUGAGAGAAACAAUCCCCUCCACUUAAAACAGGAGUCAGAGGAGAUGUACAUCAAACAGGAAGCAGAGCCAGUCACCGCCCACAUUAAAGAAGAAAAACAGGAAGAGAAAAUCACCAAUUUUAAAGUCACUGUCAGUGUGAAGAGCGAAGAAAAUGAAGGUCCAAGCAAAGUGAGUGGAGCAGCGACACCGUCGAGCGACAGCUCAUUGCAGCACCUGACAACAAUAGAAGAGGGACGAUCGCAACCGGACGGCUUUAUAGCUCCUCUUUCGGACAGCGACGACGUAACGUCACACACUUCUGACUUUAACACGGAUGAGGAGGAUAAUGACUUUGACCAAAAUGCUUCAAAAUCCUUAAAGAAGUCAUCAAUGAAAAGAGACGCAAUAGAAUGUGCGGGUGGGAAACCGUUUCGCUGCACACUUUGCGACAAAGGAUUUUCUCGGAAGACUCAUUUAGAAGUGCACGAGCGUACACACACUGGAGAAAAGCCUUUUGUCUGCGCUUAUUGUGGAAAAAGAUUCGCCCAGAAGGGAAGUUUAAACGUGCACACAACAACACACACUGGAAAGCCUUUCGCCUGCUCACUUUGCGACAAAGGAUUUUCUCGGAAGACUCAUUUAGAAGUGCAUGAGCGUACACACACUGGAGAAAAGCCUUUUGUCUGCGCUUAUUGUGGAAAAAGAUUCGCCCAGAAGGGAAGUUUAAACGUGCACACAACAACACACAGUGGAGAGAAGCCUUUCGCCUGCUCACUUUGCGACAAAGGAUUUUCUCGGAAGAUAUAUUUAGAUGCGCACAAGCGUACACACUCUGGAAAGCCUUUUGUCUGUGCUUAUUGUGGUAAAAGAUUCGCCGAGAAGGAAAGUUUAAACGUGCACACAACAACACACACUGGAGAUAAGGCUUUCGCCUGCUCACUUUGCAACAAAGGAUUUUCUCGGAAGACUCAUUUAGAAGUGCAUAAACGUACACACUCUGGAGAAAAGCCUUUUGUCUGCGCUUAUUGUGGUAAAAGAUUCGCCCAGAAGGGAAGUUUAAACGUGCACACAACAACACACACUGGAAAGCCUUUCGCCUGCUCACUUUGCGACAAAGGAUUUUCUCGGAAGACUCAUUUAGAAGUGCAUAAGCGUACACACUCUGGAGAAAAGCCUUUUGUCUGCGCUUAUUGUGGUAAAAGCUUCGCCGAGAAGGGAAGUUUAAACGUGCACACAACAACACACACUGGAGAGAAGCCUUUCGCCUGCUCACUUUGCGACAAAGGAUUUUCUCGGAAGGCUCAUUUAGAAGUGCAUAAGCGUACGCACUCUGGAGAAAAGCCUUUUGUCUGCGCAUGUUGUGGUAAAAGAUACGCCCAGAAGGGAAGUUUAAACGUGCACACAAGAACACACACCGGAGAGAAGCCUUUCGCCUGCUCACUUUGCGACAAAGGAUUUUCUCGGAAGAUAUAUUUAGAAGUGCAUAAGCGUACACACUCUGGAGAAAAGCCUUUUGUCUGCGCAUGUUGUGGUAAAAGAUUCACCGACAAGAACAAUUUAGACAGACACACAAAAACACACACUGAAGAGAAGCCUUUUGCCUGCUCACUUUGCGAUAAACGAUUUCCACGGAAGAUUCAUUUGGAAAAGCAUACGCGCGCACACACUGGAGAAAAGCCUUUUGCCUGCAUAUCUUGUGGUAAAAGAUUCACCUACAAGGGAAAUUUGGACAAACACACAAGCACACAUGGAGAAAAGCUUUUUGUCUGCGCAUGUUGUGGUAAAAGAUUCGCCCUGAAGGGAAGUUUAAACUUGCACACAAGAACACACGCUGUAGAGAAGCCUUUCGCCUGCGCAUGUUGUGGUAAAAGAUUCGCCCUGAAGGGAAGUUUAAACUUGCACACAAGAACACACGCUGGGGAAAAGCCUUUCGCCUUCUCACUUUGCCACAAAAGAUUUUCCUGGAAGACUACUGUUGUAAGGCAUAUGCGUAAACACGCUAGAGAAAAGCCUUUUGUGUGCACAUGUUGUGGUAAAAGAUUUACCGAGAAGAACGAUUUAAACAGACACGCAAGGACACACACUGGAGAGUCUCGGAAGACUCAUUUAGAGAAGUGUAAGCGUAGCCACACUGGAGAGAAGCCUUUCACCUGCUCAGUUUGUGGAAAAAGAUUCUAUCUGGAAGGAACUUUAAUCAGACAUGCAAGAACACACGCUGGAGAGAAACCUUUUGGCUGCUGAAUUGGUGGUAAAAGAUUCACUCGGGAGGAACAUUUAGUAUGGCACGCAAGAAGUCACACUGAGGAAAGACCUUUGAAUAGCGUACCGCACGCAGGCUAUUUUUAGACUGUGAUGUCGCAUCGUAAAGCGGAAGUAGGACAUUAUCUACACGCCCUCACAUGCAAACCAUAAUAUUUCGGCCUUCUUUCUCCGGUAAUCUUUUAAAAACUGACGUGCCGAUUAUUAACUGCGACUAUGGAACUUGUAGAAACGACUCCAGACAUUACGACAGAUAAAGGAUGUUUUCUUCAUACUCCCAGAAACAAAAAAUGUGAAGAAUGGAGCGACAAUGCUACUAUGACCGGACUUCUAAAAGACCAGUUUAACGCCAGCAGAGUGAAGCCGUUCAUAUUUCAUAUGCAGUAAACAUUAGAGGCGUGCAAAAUUUCCGAUUCUUAGAUUAUUCGCGAUUCGGCCGUGGAAGAUUCGAGAAGGAUUCACAAACUUUCAAAUUCCGAUUAUUGAAUUAUACCAGGUAAAGCGGAAGUAAAACACAGUCAGCGUGGUCUUUGGGACGCAAUGAGGAACGGACCGAGAGUAAAUAUCAUGUUCAACUCUUGCCACUAGAUAACAAAAAACAAUCAUACCUGACUGCGGCCGACAGCCGCUACAAACAACGCCCGGUUGCUCCAAACAAACGGGCACAGUAGAUAUCAUAUAUAUGUAGAACUAGAUCAGUACUUGUCAAAUAGUGGGGCGCCCCCUAGGGGGGCGCAGAGCGAUGCCAGGGGUGGCGCAUGUGACCUUGGGGAACAUGUUUUUUUUUUUUUUUUUUUGCCGUACUGGAAUAAAGUGUACUUGCACAUCCACUCAGUGGGUGGCAGUGGUGCUCUCAUUUUCAGAGUGUGUGCAGUAUUUUUGAACUAAGGAAGAGCACUCAGCACACACAGAAAACAGAUAUGAAGAGCAGUGUGCCACCGCUGUUAUCAAAAGCUGUUUUCCGACCGGACUCACUCACGCAGCGACCCACUGUCUUGUCCGGUUCUCACGUCGCCGCCCGAGAAGUGCCAUUUUCGGCUUGGGAUCGUCACGACGACCGCCCUCACCUACGGUUCUACCUCGGCCGCCGAGAAUGCGCUUUUUUCGUGCUGUUUGCCUUUUAGCUUUGACUAAUACAGUGCGUGAUGAGGAAAGACCACUGUUUACUGUGUCUAAAAAUAAUUAUAGCGGAAAGCCAGAAGCCAAAUCAAUUAAGACGCCCCUUAAAGACAUUAGACCCCAAUCUCAUUAAUAAGCCGCUUAAUUGUUUUUCAGUGAAAACGUGCCGAAUAUUGCCAACAAUCGUCCUGCCUUGUCAGUGUUACAUCAGUAAACCAGUGAGCAUUGUUAGCAUGCUCAUUGCAAAAUAACGCAACACCAUUGCAAAGGAGGUAAAUACUGUGAGCAGCAAAAAUAAAAACUGUCCUUCUGUCCAAGGACACUCUUUUUUUUCUUUUAUUCAGUUUUGUUUUUUCGGUCAAAUUUUUUGGCAUAUUGUCCUCAUGAGUGAAUGUUUCUAAUCAUUUUUAAUUUGUUAUUAUUUACUGAUUUUAUUUUUCUGUAUCAAAUGGUCAAAAAUGUACCUUGAGUGUAUUUUUUACAGUUUGGAUUUGACUUUUUUUUUUUUUAAUUCAGGCAAAUUGAUGCGCGUCAAGUCUUCUCUGUUGCAAACAAAACAAUGUUAAUAAAGUUAUACUUUAUUAUAAGUUGAUCUAUGUUACUUCUUUAUAAGAAAAAAAAGGACAAUGUUAGGCAGAUGCGUAUUUAUAAUAGUAAUUUUAUAGACAAAUGAUACUAUU